CUUCUUACUAGAUAUUCUUUGGCCCCUCUGAUCCAUUCGUUUCAGGCGAACGAUCUCUAGGUGGAUUUUUAGUUGGAUUUGUUCAUCUCUAGCUUAGGGGUUCCUCAGAAGUCGAACAUGAUGGAUUUCGCUCACUUGGAGAAGAUGGGAAGAGAACUUAAGUGCCCUAUCUGCUUGAGCCUUCUGAAAUCUUCAGUUACGCUUUCCUGCAAUCAUGUAUUCUGCAGCUCAUGCAUUGUGGAAUCUAUGAGGUCUGUCCCGAAUUGUCCAGUAUGCAAAAUACCAUUUCGGCGCAGAGAGGUACGACCAGCGCCGCAUAUGGAUAACUUAGUAAGUAUUUACAAAAGCAUGGAAGCUGCUUCAGGAUUAAAUAUAUUUACAUCUCAAGUUGCCCCUCCCAAAAAUUCUGAAGAGUCUCUUCAAGUUGCUGAUGAUAAGAAAGUUAACGCACUGAAUAGUGUUAUGAUGUCCCAAGCAAGUUCAAGGGGCAAGAGGUUAACAAAAGGAAAGAGAAAGAAACCGGUGAAGGCUGAUUCUGGGGCAUCUAAUCCUUGCCCGUCAACCAGGCCUUCUUUUUCAUCCAAUAAAAGAAUACAUGUGACACCAUAUCCGGUCUCCGAGACCCCAAUACCACAAAAAAAGGUUAAUAAGUUGGCAGUUUUGGCCAAUGAAGAUACGGAUAUAGUAGAAUUAAAGAAUAAUAAUAAUCUAGCUUACAAAAGGCUGGGAGAUCCUUCUUCAUUGCAACCCUUCUUUUGGUUGAGAGAGGCAAAUGAAGAGGACGAGGAUUUAGAAAGGACGAUUACCCCAGAAAUGAUGAGUUUAUCAACACCCAAAAAUGUUCCAUGUUUUAGUGAUAUCAAAGAUUCUGAUGAUGCUAUUACUCCCAAGAAAAUGACCCCCACAAGCAAAUCUGCAGUUCAAGAAGCUUUUGAUAGUGAAAUGUUUGAAUGGACUCAAAGGGCUUGCUCUCCUGAGCUCUUUUCAACUCCACUGAAGAAGCAGAAUUCCUGUGGGAAAGGAUUCAACGUGUUUCAGGAAGAUAAAUGCAGAGUAGCCCCUGGCAUUAGCAACUAUAGAGGUUUUGAAAGCUCAAAGGCAUCUCAUCCCGAUGAGAAUAAAAAAACAACAAAAUUAACGUGCAAAAAGAAAAGAACAUUGAAGAAGAGACGCAAGCAAAACAAAGAUAAGAAAGUGGAGGUAUCUACCCACGAAACUGCUAGCAUUUCCUUAAAUGAAGAUCAUCCGUUUGGUUCUAAUGAGAUGGUUGAAGACUCAAGCCAGGAAAAGGAGUAUUCAAAACACACAAGGAAAGUUUAUAAGAAGAGUCAUAGAUCCAAUAUUCUUCACCUCAGAGAUUGCAUGGCAAGCCGAUUUAGAGAAUUCAGUGGAUUAGUUGAUGUACAUAAACAGCUUCCUGCUAAGUCUGCCAAACAAAUCCAAAACCAAGUUAUUGAAGAUACCUCUAUAACACUGGCAGAGUUAUCUCAUGAUAAGUUAAUGGAAGCUGUGGUGAAUGUGAAGACUAAGUGCCCUAAAAGAACCAAGAAUGUCUCAUUCAAGUCGCCAAAACUGGUCAAGAGAUUGUCUUUGGAUUGUGCUGAAUCAAAAACACUUGAUGCUAAUCUUCCUAUUAAUCCUAUUGAGGAUAAAUCACCAAAUCAUGAACUUGAGAAAGAAAAUUCUAGGCUUCAAUUACUAUCUUGUAAGCAAAAUCAAGGUGACGAUUCUUUUAGGAAACGUUCCAGAGUAUGCCAAAAAAUCCAGAGGGAUGUCGUAAGGAAAGAUAAACAGAGAAAACUGAAUAUGCAAAAUGUUGAUGAUUUAGCAGCAAUGGCUUCUCACAAAAAGCAACAUUCUUCCACAGAUAAUGUUAUGCAAGAAGACAAUCUGACUUGUAUGAAUCUACAAAAGUGCUGUGUUUCAUCAUUGAGUAAAGAGGUUCCUCACUCUACCAUGAAUGGAGUUUUAAGAAAAUGCAAAAAUAUCCAUUCCCCAAUAAGAUGUGCUUUCUGUCACUCUUCAAAUGAUUUAGAGAUUUCUGGAGAGAUAAUGCACUAUUGUGAUGGUAAAUCUGUUGCUGCAGAUUUUAAUGGAGGUGUUAAUGUAAUUCAUUCUCACAAGAACUGCACAGAAUGGGCUCCUGAUGUGUACUUCAAAGAUGAUUCAAUCAUCAACCUCUCAAGUGAAUUAGCCAGAAGUAGAAGGAUAGCCUGCAGCUGCUGUGGCAUCAAAGGAGCAGCUCUUGGAUGCUUUGAGAAGAGCUGCCGUCGGAGCUUUCACUACCCUUGUGCUAAACAGACUCCAGAAUGCCGCUGGGAUGAUGAAAACUUUGUGAUGUUGUGCCCUUUGCAUUCAUCAUCCAAGUUGCCAAGUGAAAUGCCUGAACUGAAAAAGCUGAACGGAAAGACAUCUGCAUCAAAAGGAAAAGUACAGCCUCCUUCACAGCUCAAAGCAGCUGAUGAUAAGAGUAGCGUGUGGGCAUGGCCUGCUGGAUUGCCUUGCAAGUGGGUCCUUUGUUCCUCUGCUCUCUCUGGAGCUGAGAAGGAAAUUUUAUCACAAUUUGCAAGGUUAACAGGCAUAUCUAUAUCAAAGACCUGGUGUUCAGUGGUCACUCAUGUCAUUGCAUCAACUGACGAAAAUGGAGCAUGUAAAAGAACAUUAAAGUUUCUGAUGGGUAUUAUUGAAGGAAAGUGGAUAUUAAGCAUCGAAUGGAUCAAAGCUUGCAUGAACUCUAUGAAACCAGUUGAUGAAGAGAAAUAUGAAAUAACCGUUGAUGUCCAUGGAAUACACAAUGGACCACGCCAUGGAAGAAUGAGGAUUAUUAACAAGGAGCCAAAACUCUUCAGUGGCUUCCGGUUCCAUUUAUUUGGGGACUUUCUGCCUUCCUACAAAGGGUAUCUGCAGGAUCUUAUUGCAGCAGGAGGAGGAAAGGUGCUACAGCGCAGGCCAAUUGCCAUGGAUUAUAAGAAGCAAUUGGGAGAUCCUUCUGACUUGACCUUCAUUGUCUACAGCGUUGAGCUUCCUGAGAAAAGACUAACUCAGGAUACAAAAGUUUUUGACCAAAGGAAAGCUGAAGCCAUAGCUCUUGCUAAAGAUUGUGGAGCUAAAGUAGUGCCAAAUUCCUGGAUCUUAGACUCCAUUGCUGCCUCAACAUUGCAGGUCCUUCCGAACUGAAUAAUUGAAGAUUAAAUAUUCUGUUUUUAUGCAGCAUUAUUGUUAAAAUGUGCUUAUAUGUUAUAUAUUUUAGUGUAUUAUUCAGUUUGAAGUUUAAAAUAUUUUGAAUGAAAUCGUCUAUUGUUCUGAAUCAAUAAUUCAAUAA